AUGGAUAAUAAAACCAAGAAACGAGAAACAUGGAAAAAUGGAAAGGAGUUCAUGUUUUCCUGCAUUGGUGUCAGUGUUGGUUUGGGGAAUAUAUGGAGAUUUCCAUAUAUAUGUUACAAAAAUGGCGGAGGGGCGUUCCUCAUACCGUAUUUCCUGUUUAUGACUAUCAUAGCACUGCCACAACAGAUGCUACAGUUUUCAUACCCACAGUUCUCGAGCCUUGGACCAGCUAAAGCCUGGGUUUGUUGUCCACUUUUCAAAGGUAUCGGCUAUGCUAUGAUUGUGGUAAAUGUGGUCAUCUCCGUGUAUUACAAUGUUAUCAUCUGCUGGGUUCUCUUCUACUUCGGUACCUGUUUUACUGGUCGUCUCCCCUGGACUAGCUGUGAUAAUGACUGGAACACAGAACAAUGUUAUAGUCGUGUUCUUCCUUUCAAUUCUUCAACGACAAUCGCAAACCUAACGUCACCGAAUGAAUUAUAUGGAAACUCGUCAGUAUUUAACCGUUCGAUCCUAUCAUCAGGAAUUGCUAAAACGUCCACGGAGGAAUUCUGGGAGUACAAAGUACUGGAGUUGACAGAAAACAUUGACAACAUUGGAGGAAUUCGUUGGACUCUGUUGCUUUGUAAUGCAGCGGUGAGCACUGCUGUGUUCCUGUGUGUAUUCAGGGGAAUAAAGAUGUCUGGAAAAAUCAUGUACGUGGCAGCAUCUAUACCAUACGUCCUACUAACGAUUCUCCUGAUCAAAGGUUUGACCUUGGAGGGGGCCGGAAAGGGAUUGAGAUACUACUUCAUACCGAGAUGGGGAGAAUUACGUAAGCUGUCGGUAUGGUCAGACGCUGCCGUCCAGGUCAUCUACUCGGCAGGCUUUGCAGCAGCUGACCUUGUAACACUAUCUAGUUACAACGAUUUUCAUCACAAUCUUUAUAGGGAUGCCAUCAUAAUACCCCUUGUUGACGCAUUCACGAGCCUCUUCGCAGGCUGCGUGAUAUUUGUUACACUUGGUUAUAUGUCAACGACUUUCAACAUGGAUAUCCAGGAUGUAGUUGCAGACGGUCCUGGGAUUGCCUUUAUGAUAUUUCCGGAGGCCAUUUCCACCCUUCCUGUCCCUCAGUUGUGGUCGGCUUUGUUUUUCUUCACACUAUUUACUGUCGGGUUAGACAGCCGGAUUGUACACCUGCAGGUAAUAAACGGUGCUAUGGCAGAUGUGUACCCCGACAUCUUUCGCUCCAACUUAAAACUGACCUCGGCCGCAGUGUGUAUAUUAACGACAAUUUUUGGAAUACCUUAUGUUUACCAGGGUGGCAUGUAUGUUGUUCAGCUAGUGGAUUGGUAUAUGGCCAGCGUGGCUUGUCUGUUGCUUAUUAUUCUGGAGAGUAGCGUCCUCGCCUGGAUAUAUGGGUCUGAGAGACUAAGUGAGGAUAUAUCAUUAAUGGUUGGCUUCCCCAUUCCUCGACUGUGGCAAUUCUUCUGGAAGUAUGUCACACCACUGACAACAUCAUUCAUAUGGAUAGUAAGCUUGGUUAAACACCGCCCUGUGACGUACGGAGGGAUGUCCUAUCCUGUCUGGUCUAUUGGGGUGGGCUGGAUUAUCGCUGUGACGCCUUUAAUGCCCUUAGUAAUCAACAUAGUCUACUCAUUGUUGAAACAUCCUGGUAAUCUUACGCAGAGACUUCGUGAAUCCAUUAAACCGCAACGGGAAUGGACUAAAAACAAGGAGGAAGAUUUGAAAUCCCAACAAACUGACCAAGUGGCAAUGCUAAGUGUUUGA